GGUAAUCUACGUUGUCCAUGCGCUUUAAGUAUGCCAGAAGUGGUUCUCACUAUGCUGGAGAAUCGUCUAUUUGUUGAUGUUAUUUGUUGCUGCUUGCUACAAAAUCUCGCCAAAUGCACUAGUCCAGACAUAAUUUAACAGACACACACUCGAAAAGAAAAUAUCUUCUCCCUCCUUCGAAACUUGAUAACAUCCACUCGUUUUCGCAAUUUUUCUGUUCAAUCCUCUUAUCAGCUGAUUUACAAAGGAUUGUUCGAUUUAUAACCAACUUAAUAAUGCUGCCAUUUUACGAAACAAAAAAAAAAUAAGUAUAAUAUUAAUUUAAGCGUACACCGUACGACUAGUAAAAUUCAUGCAGUAGCCAAACAUGAUAAUAGAACAUAUAUCAGACCUUCUUAAAUUUUUGGCGAAUAAUGUCAUCAUAAUUGUACAGGAUAAUAUACAUAACAUUUAAAUACACCCUAUACCUAAAAAGCAAAACAGAAUACCAUCAAAAAAUUCGGAAUUGUUACAAGUAUGUACAAAAUUUUAAGCAUGAGCCGCGAGAUGCAUAUAUGAUAGUAAUUCAAUAUCUGUAGUUUAUAUUUUAAAUCGUUAUUCCGUACGCCUCUCUUCUUCUGAAAAAGUUAGUGAUAUUACGUUAUUUAACAUUUUAGGUCACGAUAUGUAGGUUCAAGUUUUAGAAUUGUAAACGUAGUAUAAUUUUUAGUCAACAUAAACUACGUUUCAUAUGGCAACAGUACAUUUUAAGUAUGUUCAAAACAAAUGUUUAAAUAAAGGUGCACCAGGCAAUAGUCAAAAAUCAAGAUAACAGCGUCCAUUUUGAUAAAUCUAGAAAUUGUACUUCAUUUAAGUAAUAUUAAUUAAAGUUGCAAGUUUUCCUUAAUAUUUUAAUAGCAUCAAAAAUGGAAUCAACAAUUAAAACAAAGAAGUGUUCCGUGAAACUCAAUCGUAUGUCGUUUGUUGGUAUUACUCCACAAGAAGUACAGGAACAAAUUUUGGAUCAGCGAAUACGCCGCUGUGCGGUACGCGUUCAACGCUGCUCCGACACCACGAAUUUUAGUAAAAUAGUCUCAGACAGUUCGACCAAUAUAGAUACCAAAAUGCGACGUUGCUGCAUUCGUUUGCCAAGGAUAAAUUUAGUUCGCAGUGAAAUAUCAUCUCGGUCUGGCUCCGUAACCAGUGCCAGAAUUCUUUCUGAAUCAGAACUGGAUGAUUCGGAAAUUGCUAACCAUUAAAGACCUUCAGGCAUACCAAAUACACUCGUAAUCACAUAUUUACAUUUAUUAUUGUUUCAAUUCACUUAAUAAAUUAACAAUUUGGCUCAUUUUUAUAUGAUGAUUUAAUAUGGAAAUAUAAUAAUAAAAUAGGUAAACAACUUCUAAAAUAAUGA